CGCAAGGCCGAAGCGGAGAGCGUCGCGUUGCGUUGUUUACGAAACUGAGCGGCGGCGGAGAAGGAGGAGGAUUAUUCUUCUUAUUAUUAUUAUUAUGAUGAUGAUGAUGAUGGAGGAGGAAUCGAGUCCGGAGACCUGCAGGCUGGUGUUCGAGAAGGAAGGCGUGUACCUGCACACCAACGCCAAGCGCGCCAACCAGGACACAACCAUCCCGGGCUUCAUCCGCAUCGUCGAGAGGGGCGGGGAGCCGGCUUUGGAGUGGAGCCCCCUGGAGGAGGCCCGAGGACGUGCGCCUGCCGUGUUCUACACCAAAAAGGACGGCGAUGGAGGGGAAGAAGAGACCAACUUUGACCCAGGGUAUGAGCCCGAUUGGGCGGUGAUCAGCACAGUGAAGAAAACUCGGGAGCACCCCCCGGUGCGAGAGACAGGUCAGUGGGGGCCCUUCUCGUUGCCGCUGUCAGAGCUGCACUCUCUGCGGCGCGCGCGCUUCUCCCUGGGGAGGAACUUCCUGGUGCUCACCAGCAGGGGGGGUCACCCGCUUCCUCCACUACACUUCCACAGGGGUGGCACCAUGGAGCUGCUCAGGGCUCUGCAGCGCUACAUCAUCCUGGCACCCUCUCCGGUGGAUGGGAGGCUCUUCUUGGCCUACCCCCACGACUCGGGUGCCCUCUCACAGUCCUUCGAUGAACUGCAGCUCUUUGAUGACGGCAGCUCUGACCUUGUUUCUAGGUUCAUCCAGGACCCGUAUGCCACCACGCUUGGUGGUUUCUCCAAAGUUACCAACUUCUUCCGAGGGGCGCUGCGCCCCCCCGAGUCUCCUCUGCGCAGCCAUCCUCCCCUGGACACGCACGGCACCCCCCUGGCUGAUGACGAGCCCGGUUUCGAGCUCAUCACUUGCGGGGCAGAACUGGGGCCAAGACCCCAGGUGAGCAGGGGCCCCCCCUUGGGUCAGUGGGAGGAGUUCCUGGACACAGAUGGUCGUGUUCGAGAUCCCCACAAAGUGAAGGAGAUGAUUUUCAGAGGGGGUAUCAGCCCAUCGCUACGCAAGGAGGUGUGGAAGUUCCUCCUGGGCUUUUAUCCCUGGACCAGCACAGCCAGAGAGCGGGAGGACAUCGUCAGGGUGAAGACGGACGAGUAUUUCAGGAUGAAAGUGCAGUGGAAGUCAGUCAGCGAGGAGCAGGAGAUGAGGAACUCCCUCCUAAGGGGAUACCGGAGCCUCAUUGAGCGUGACGUGAGCCGCACUGAUAGGCACAACAAGUUCUUCUCAGGCAGCGAGAACCCCGGGCUAGCGCUGCUGCACGACGUUCUGAUGACCUACUGCAUGUACAACUUUGACCUGGGCUACGUCCAGGGAAUGAGCGAUCUCCUCUCGCCCAUCCUCUUCGUUACGCAGAACGAGGUCGAGUCCUUCUGGUGUCUCACCGGCUUCAUGGAGCUCGUGCACCAGAACUUUGAGGAGUCCCAAGAGGCCAUGAAGCAGCAGCUCCUGCAGCUCAGUGUCUUGCUCAAGGCCAUUGACCCGGAGUUGUGCGACUACCUGGACUCCCAGGACAGUGGCUCGCUGUGCUUCUGUUUUCGCUGGCUGCUCAUCUGGUUUAAGCGGGAGUUCUCCUUCGAGGACAUCCUCAUGCUGUGGGAGGUGAUGUGGACUGGCCUCCCGUGCAGCAACUUUCAUCUGCUCAUAGCCUGCGCCAUCCUUGAGUCGCAGAGGGGGGAGCUCAUCGGCUCCGAGCAUGACUUCAACACCAUCCUGAAGCACAUCAAUGAACUGACCAUGAAGUUGGACCUUCAAGCGCUGCUAUGUGCCGCCGAGGGCAUCUUCCUGCAGCUGGACACCUGUAAGGAGCUUCCAGCAAAGGUGCGGGAAGUGCUGGGCAUGUGUGAGCCGUGCGGCCCCAACGGCCAGGGGACGGGUGUGGACGCCAUGGAGGAGGAGCCGCUCAUCAGGCCAUCCGGGAGCGAUUCUGCCGCAGGCACAGCCGAAGGCCGAGCCGCUUCAUACCACUGAUCAAGCGGCGUCGGCGGGGGGAGCACGCCUCCUCUACACCUGGAUGUUAACUGCGACUCAUAUGAUCCGGUGCAGUGCUUUCUUUGACCUUGCGUGCAGACAUGCAGACAUAUACACUCACAGUGUACCUUUGUUAGUUAUUGUUUUAUUACUCAAUGUCAUACAUGUAACACUGACUCUUGAUUAAUAUUAUGAUGGGCUGGGUUGUGCAUUCACCUCUGAGCCUGGCUAAGAUUCUCUUUAGCAAGCAGAUGAGUGAGCAGGUAAAGUGGUGAACGAGUGGGUUAAUGAGCGAGCAGGCGAAUGAGUGGUGGAGCGAGGGAGCAGAUGUCGUCACAGCUGCAGUACCCAGCUGCUCCUCCACGGCUCCCUCCUGUGUGCAGUGAGGUACCGCAGUGUCUCAUCCCCAGAUCAGUGUGACCUAAUAAAACGUUCUGCCCCACGGCAA